GACCGCGGCGGCGCUCUAGCCGCGGCAUGUCUGCGUCUCGACUGCUCUGGGAGGAGGAAGAGAAGGAGGAAGAGGAGGAGGAGGAGGGGGAGGAAGAGGAGAAAGGCGCAGGGGUGGGAGCUGUUGCUGAAGCUGCCACAGCAAAAGUUCUCUCCCCUCCCCCCUUCCCCUUCUCUCAAGGCCUCUAGGAGGGUUGGAGCUGCCGCCGCCUGCAGUCGGUGACCGCGCGAUUCGGCGCCCGCCCGCGGAUAGAGGGGAGGAAUCGGGAGCUUGGAAAUUCAGCCAAGUGAUCUGGUGGGAUGGGCAUUUGCCUGACAUACUAUAUAGAGGACUUGGAUGGCAUAAGUGAUUAAGGUGGUGUGGAGGGUAUUUGAAGCUUACGAAAGGUAGAAACUCAACCAUGAUUUCUUUUUCAACUCUACAGCAUUCCCUUCCUUGAAGUCUUCAUUUUUAUCUUAGUCUCAGGCAGUUAUACUUAAGCAUGAACAUUGACGACAAACUGGAAGGAUUAUUUCUUAAAUGUGGCGGCAUAGACGAAAUGCAGUCUUCCAGGGCAAUGGUUGUAAUGGGUGGAGUGUCUGGCCAGUCUACCGUGUCUGGGGAACUGCAGGAGUCGGUACUUCAAGAUCGGAGUAUGCCUCACCAGGAGAUCCUUGCUGCAGAUGAAGUGUUACAAGAAAGCGAAAUGAGACAACAGGAUAUGAUAUCACAUGAUGAACUCAUGGUCCAUGAGGAGACAGUGAAAAAUGAUGAAGAGCAGAUGGAAACACAUGAAAGACUUCCUCAAGGACUACAGUAUGCACUUAAUGUCCCUAUAAGUGUAAAGCAGGAAAUUACUUUUACUGAUGUGUCUGAGCAACUGAUGAGAGACAAAAAGCAAAUCAGAGAGCCAGUAGACUUACAGAAAAAGAAGAAACGGAAACAACGUUCUCCUGCAAAAAUCCUUACAAUAAAUGAGGAUGGAUCACUUGGUUUGAAAACCCCUAAAUCUCACGUUUGUGAGCACUGCAAUGCUGCCUUUAGAACGAACUAUCACUUACAGAGACAUGUGUUCAUUCAUACAGGUGAAAAACCAUUUCAAUGUAGUCAAUGUGACAUGCGUUUCAUACAGAAGUACCUGCUACAGAGACAUGAGAAGAUUCAUACUGGUGAAAAACCAUUUCGCUGUGAUGAAUGUGGUAUGAGAUUCAUACAAAAGUAUCACAUGGAAAGGCAUAAGAGAACUCAUAGUGGAGAAAAACCUUACCAGUGUGAAUACUGUUUACAGUAUUUUUCCAGAACAGAUCGUGUAUUGAAACAUAAACGUAUGUGCCAUGAAAAUCAUGACAAAAAGCUAAACAGAUGUGCCAUCAAAGGUGGCCUUCUGACAUCUGAGGAAGAUUCUGGCUUUUCUACAUCACCAAAAGAUAACUCACUGCCAAAAAAGAAAAGGCAGAAGACUGAGAAAAAAUCAUCUGGGAUGGACAAAGAAAGUGCUUUGGACAAAUCUGACCUGAAGAAAGACAAAAAUGAUUACCUGCCCCUUUAUUCUUCAAGUACUAAAGUAAAAGAUGAGUAUAUGGUAGCAGAGUAUGCUGUUGAAAUGCCACAUUCUUCAGUUGGGGGAUCGCAUUUAGAAGAUGCAUCAGGAGAAAUACAUCCACCUAAGUUGGUUCUCAAAAAAAUUAAUAGUAAGAGAAGUCUGAAGCAGCCAUUGGAGCAGAAUCAAACAAUUUCUCCCUUAUCCACAUAUGAAGAGAGCAAAGUUUCAAAGUAUGCUUUUGAACUUGUGGAUAAACAAGCUUUACUGGACUCAGAGGGCAAUGCUGAUAUUGAUCAGGUCGAUAAUUUGCAGGAGGGGCCCAGUAAACCUGUGCACAGUAGUACUAAUUAUGAUGAUGCCAUGCAGUUUUUGAAGAAGAAACGAUACCUUCAAGCAGCCAGUAACAAUAGUAGGGAGUAUGCGCUGAAUGUGGGCACCAUAGCUUCUCAGCCUUCUGUAACACAAGCAGCUGUGGCAAGUGUCAUUGAUGAAAGUACUACGGCAUCCAUAUUAGAUUCACAGGCACUGAAUGUGGAGAUUAAGAGUAACCAUGACAAAAAUGUUAUUCCAGAUGAGGUACUGCAGACUCUCUUGGAUCAUUACUCUCAUAAAGCUAAUGGACAGCAUGAGAUAUCAUUCAGUGUUGCAGACACUGAGGUGACUUCUAGCAUAUCAAUAAAUUCUUCAGAAGUACCUGAGGUCACCCAGGCAGAGAAUGUUGGAUCAAGCUCCCAAGCAUCCUCAUCAGAUAAAGCCAACAUGUUGCAGGAAUACUCAAAGUUUCUGCAGCAGGCUUUGGACAGAACUAGCCAAAAUGAUGCCUAUUUGAAUAGCCCGAGCCUUAACUUUGUGACUGAUAACCAGACCCUUCCAAAUCAGCCAGCAUUCUCUUCCAUAGACAAGCAAGUCUAUGCAGCCAUGCCCAUCAAUAGCUUUCGAUCAGGAAUGAAUUCUCCACUAAGAACAACUCCAGAUAAGUCCCACUUUGGACUAAUAGUUGGUGAUUCACAGCACUCAUUUCCCUUUUCAGGUGAUGAGACAAACCAUGCUUCUGCCACAUCAACACAGGACUUUUUGGAUCAAGUGACUUCUCAGAAAAAAGCUGAGGCUCAGCCUGUCCACCAAGCUUACCAAAUGAGCUCCUUUGAACAGCCCUUCCGCGCUCCAUAUCAUGGAUCAAGAGCUGGAAUAGCUACUCAGUUUAGCACUGCCAAUGGACAGGUGAACCUUCGGGGACCAGGGACAAGUGCUGAAUUUCCAGAAUUUCCCUUGGUGAAUGUAAAUGAUAAUAGAGCUGGGAUGACAUCUUCACCUGAUGCUACAACUGGCCAGACCUUUGGCUAAAAAAAAGUGUAAAUAAUACUGGCACUUUAGAACAGAUUAAUCAAGAGUGGGGUUACUCUGUGUAAAUGGAGUGCUGUACAGAUUUAAGAGCAAUGCGUUAUAACAAGUUAAGCUGAUAUGAAUAGCAAGAUAAUCCAAUAACUGCAUUUUGUUUGGUUAGUCAGCAUUCUUUGAACUGCCUUACAUGUUGUCACCUUUAUAGAAGCAAUGCAUUACUUGUUUUAGAACAGAAACUUGCUAUUCCACCUACACCGAGUUUAAAAGGAAAAAAAAAGACUUUCGCACAAUUGUUUCCUAAUUGAUAACAUUGUACAUUCUUAGGAGAUUAGUAAUUGUGUGAAAUUUACUCAUACUGUUUCUAAGUUUUUCAGCAUAGUCAUUGCACUUCAGCAGGGAAUCUGAGUAUACUUUACAGACAGAGUGAACUUCAGAGUUUAAAUGUCAAGAGAUUAUGGCUUAAAUAAAUUAGUGUGUCCUAUAGGAGGAAAAAAAGAAACCAAGAAACCACCGUUUAAAAAGAAUGAUAUGCCAUAUACCCUUGAUUUUCAUUUUGCAUUAUAUUGACAUGUUUUUUUUUUUGAGAAAAGAAAGUAAUACAAAUCUGAUAGUCUAAGACUCCACUAUUUAAAAGCCUAAUUACUUUUAAAAUAUGCAUACUUUCAAAACUUUUACCAAAAUACGUAACUGUUGAAGCAUUCACUUCUCAAUGGAAGUAUGCAUAUUGGUGUCAGUUUCUUUGUACAGUUGUACUUAGAUAUUUUUUAUGAUUUUUCAUGUGCAGGUAUCAAGGUUUUGAAGUUUUAGUAAAAAGAUAUUCUGUAGAUUACAUUCCCAAGAACAUAAUGCUUACACAAAAUGUAUAUUCCACGUUUUAAAGCUUAAUUGUAUUUUACUUUACAUAUACACUUCAGUUAACAUAGAGCACUUAGAAUCUAUUUGGUAUUUUUGAUUUCUCAAAGUAAAAAAAAAAAUUAGAUUUUUAGGUUUGAUAUGGUUGUGUCAUAAUCAUCUCAUAAUUGACAAUUUUAAUUUUUGGCAAUAAAAGGAAAUUGGAUAUCUUUGGAACUGUAAAACCUGGUUUAAUCCUUCUCUUUCUAGAAUCUUGAUAGAUUGGAUAAUUAAACAGUAUCCAGAGAAACUAAAGAAAUGGGCAUUUUAAUUGCUUAUUUUAUCUUGAAUUACUUUUUAAUGAACACUGCUCAUUACAAUUUUACAAACCAAAAGUGUUUACUAAUUCUAGUAACUACAAUUUCUUUUUCAGCUAGAUGAGUGAUCGGAAACUUUUUGUUGCAUUUCAAAAUCUAAAUAAACUACAGACUUUAUCCUUA